AAGAUGGCGGCCGCACUAGUAUGUCAGCAGGUGGCGACAGUCCAUGUGGGAUCUACGUAUGUAAUGUAUAUGUCUGGUAGUGUGUAUAUGGAGUCUAUGGUUGGUUGGUUCGCCUUGAAGUACGUCUGAGGUUGGGCUAAACCAACUGAAAGAUCAUUUAGUGUUCCACCCUCAAAGAAACUUCAUUAUCUGGCCACUAUAAAACUUUUUGGGAGACUUCAUUGUUUAAGAAUGACUUAAGUCUAAACAAGAAAAAAAAUAUAGUAGGCUAAUUAACCAAUCAAUCAACACCUAUAUUCACUCCCGUUUUAAAUGCCGCGAUAUUCCUCUUUCAUGUGGCCGCACUUCUUUGAUGUUUUAUUUGAACUAAGAAUGACCGCAACUUUAAAAAAUAGUUUUGAAAAUGUUUUAUUUAUGUCUUGUUACUUUUUGUUUUGGGUGACAUCAGGUGAAAGUAAAAGAGCCUGAGCGUUAAGUAGACCUGCCCUCGUUUUGCCAAACGUUUCCUCUUUCCUUCCACCACAUGCUGCUUUACUGCAUUUGUCUGCGUGUCACACAGACCGGUCGAGCAGUCGCAUUCUUUUCGCGUUCAGCUCUUAAUGUAAAAUCUACCUGUGUUUUGUUUUUUUGGACCUGGUGCUCCUUCAACUCCCAACUUUAAGGUUUGUCCGAUCUUUACCUGGAUGGAGCAUGGAUUAUCAGUAUUAGAAUGAACAAACUGGUUAUUGUACAGUGACUCGAUGGUUACUGUCUUACUGUAAAUGAGGAGUCAUGGUCUGAGUAGCACAGUUGCUCCAGUUUAGGGUGUGUCCGACGGCCUGUUACUACUACGGUGUGCAGGAUGGGCCAAACUCGCUCUGAUCUCGCGCACACCAGCACCACCGCCGCCGCCUCCACCUCGGGGAGAGCGACGUGGAGAGCCGAGGAAAAAGCCCGUCGACUCCCCAGAUUACGGAACAAAAGGAAGCCGCCGAACAAGAAUCCGAUGAAAAACAAGGUUCUGGCUUGCUUGGGAAGAAGAAAGCGAUAUCAGACUGAAGCGGAGUUCGGCGGGGGAAACCAAGCCGCAGACCAAGCAGCGAGCAGCGGCCACAGAGUGGGAAAGUUGCCGCGGGACGAGGUCGUGUGGGCCGUUGGUGGAUACCGAACAGAACCGGGCUGUAAUGAGACCGAAUGUGGUCUGGAAUGUGACGUCGACUGUGGGAGACACGCUUUAGAGAGCUCGGCGGAUCCAGCUGAUGUGUCACGCUUGGGAACGCAGAGCAGUGAAAUUAGCAUUGCGGGCUACACGGAGCCGAAACCCGCGCGGGAGGACAAUGCCUCGGAUCCCCCAGCAAGAGCCAUGGAAGGUAAACCACACGGGGGAAACAGUCAGGAUUGCACCGUGUCUAACAUUAAGGCUCUGACUUGCAAUAAUCUGAGUUUAGCCCCCGUUCUGACCUCUGACCCGGACCCUGAACCAAGUUUGCCCAGCUUGAACCCAGAUAAAGGUCUGGACGGUGUUGUAUCCACGCCGGAGGCCAAAAUGACCAAAACUGACUGCAGCUCAAUCACGUGUCAAUCGAACCAGGACGGAAACCCCAACUUCACCGAGACACCAAAGAACUCCGAUCAGAUCCUCAAGAGUCCACCAGGAGGCCCACGUUUCCCAGGAACCAUCCCGAAGCUCAUCAUAACAAGAGACCCCAGUCCGACCCGCUCGGCGGGGACGCCGGCCCUGCUGACCGUGCAGACCGAUCUCUGCUCCUUUCUGGAGCUUCACCACGACGACGAGUCUCCGUGCUCGGACAGCGGUUGUGGGGGCUCCCCUGCUCUGACGCGCAGCUCCAGGAAGCUAUCGAAAUCCUCGUCCAUCGGCCUGUCUUCUGCUUCGUCCUUCGAGGAGUCCGAGGACGACUUCACCGGCAGCGACAUCGAGUCCAGCCUGUCGCCGUCUCGGUCUCUGUGCAGCCCGGAUGAUCCUCCAGGGAUUAAGUCCUGGCAGAAGCUGAAGACCAUGGUUCAUUGCUCCCCUUUUGUCGUGUCCUUCAAGAAGCGUUACCCGUGGGUGCAGCUAGCUGGCCAUGCAGGUAACUUCCAGGCUGGAGAAUAUGGACGCCUGCUGAAGCGAUACUGUGAGUGUGAGCAGCAAUGUCUGCAGAAGCUAAUGAAGGACACGCUGCGACCCUAUGUGCCCGGGUACUACGGUGUCAUCCAGAAAGAUGAGCAGGAUUAUAAUCUGAUGGAUGAUCUGUUGGCUGACUUUGACUCUCCCUCCAUCAUGGACUGCAAGAUGGGAAGCAGGACGUACCUGGAAGAGGAGCUGUCCAAAGCCAGAGAACAUCCACGCCUGAGAAAGGACAUGUAUGAGAAGAUGGUGGCCGUGGACCCCGAGGCCCCCACAGCAGAGGAGCGGGCUCAGCAGGGAGUCCUGAAACCUCGCUACAUGCAGUGGAGGGAGACGCUCAGUUCGACCGCCACGCUGGGUUUCCGCAUCGAAGGCAUUAAGAAAGCAGAUGGAACUUGUAACACCAACUUCAAGAAGACAAAACACAAAGAGCAAGUGAUGCAGGCCUUGGAGGACUUUGUUAAUGGAAAUGUUCAGAUUCUGAAAUUGUACCUGCAGAGGUUGGAGGAACUGCGUUCAGCCCUUGAGCAAUCCCAAUUUUUCAAAGCACACGAGGUUGUCGGCAGCUCUCUGCUGUUUGUGCACGACGCCUCCGGGAAGGCCAAAGUGUGGAUGAUCGACUUUGGGAAGACGGUUCCUCUGCCUGAGUCUCAGACGCUCGACCACAGGACGCCAUGGCUGGAGGGGAACAGGGAAGAUGGCUACCUGUGGGGACUAGACAACCUUAUAAGCAUUUUCAGCACUAUGCUCAGCCAGACACCGUGAGGGGCGCACCAGACUUUGUGGAGGAAAAUCAAGUUAGCAUGAAAUUGAGGAAUGAUUUUGGAGAUCUUUCAUUUUUUGUGAAUUGUUUUGAGACCUUUAUCCAAAUGUCUUAAUCCUACUUACGUAAGGAGAGGCGGCAAAGAAAAGCCGCCACUGAGAGGAGACGCAGAGCCUCGAGGACAAGUGAAAUAAGUGAAAAGAAAGGCUUCAAAGUUAAACUUUUGUUACAUGAACUUUUACUUUUUUUCCCCCUGAGAACACAAGGCUUUGAUCCAAUCAAAAAAAUGACACUAUCAUCUCAACAGCUCCCUCUUCAGGUUAAAGUUGCACAAAUGUUGCAGCUAUGAACUCUUAGGAGCAACCGUCACUCAUUCAGUCCUUCAAAAGCGUUGAGAAAUGAAGCUCAUCUUUGAUGUAGCAACACUACAACAAUGGUCCUUGUAUAAACUAACUGUAUGUAAAUAUAGCUUAAGUUAAUGUUGUUUUUGCCUUUGAAAUACUGUUUUGCCAUCCGUGUACAAAAUCUAUGCCUUGCUUUUUCUUUUUUUUGAUUGAGUUGUUUAAUCAUUCCUGGGCUGCGAACUUUCAGAGCUGGCCCAAACAUCCAACAAUUCGCAUGUAGUUCCAAAGUUUUGCUUUUACUGUUUUCUUAAUUUACAUUUUUGUAUUUUUUUUUUUUUUUUUUUUUUUAAUGAACCGUGAACAAGUUAAGAGCUGUAUUUUUUUUGACUGUAUUGCACUAUAGAUCCUCACAAAGCCAUCGAACAAAACACGCAGUGCCUCUGUCAGAGGGCAGCCGUGAAAAGCUGUGGUUACAGUUCGUGAAUUUCGCUUUUGGUGUUCGGUUCUCUUUGCUGACGUUCUCAUCGGCUCCACAGGAAUGCAACGGUGUGACAGUUCACAUAAAACUGGAAUUUUAUUUACAACUCUUAGAAGAAUUCAGAAGAGAUUUUGCAGUUUUAAUUUUUAAAAAAUACUUUUUCCAAGAUUAAAUCUAAGAAAAGAAGGCAAACAAAUGCAGGUACUGGACUUUUUUUGUAACCUCAAGUGGAAAUAUUCCCACAAAAGAAAGAAAACUUCCACUUGAGAACAUCUUUAUAAACUGUAUGUAGCUACACUAAAUGAAAUGUGGUCAAAAUUUUAAAAUUCAUGAGAGUUCAAAGGAAAAACCAAAUGCUGUUGAGCCUGUCAUUCCUGUACUGGACAGUGUUUUCUGCAGGUUAACUGCAGCAAUUCAUGGAUCUUCCAACAGUAUCACAUCAACUUUCUAUAAGAGACGGAUUGUUAAAAACUUCAAGUAUUCUUUUUUUUUCCUCUUUGAAAAGUUUUAAGAAUUCUGAAGCGACAAAUGCAAUAAACCUUUUUGAAAUGAAUACAGGUUUGUCAUAUGAAGUGGAUAUGAACAAUGUUUUGUAUUUUUAGGGUGUUAUACAUUUGCAAAAAACUUUGGGCAGAAAUUGUUUCUCAGCCACAAUCUGCAAUAAACUUACCGUCAAAGGU